CUCACUGCUGGAGUCAUCUGUGCUGCAGGGGGGGAACCACUUGCCUUGUGACAUUUGGCACUGCUAAUUGCCUCUCUGAUUAAUUGGACUACCUGUGAUGGUGCAAAUUGUAGCGGGGAGGCUCCCUGCUGCGCUGUGAAUUCCUGCUGCCUCCAUCUCUUUUGUUCUGAGCCAACAUUCACCAUGACGCCGGAUAGAGACGCCUGUUGGACGCGAUGACAGCCGACAAGGAGAAGAGAAGGGCGAUCAGCCGCGAGGCAGCCAGAAGGAGACGACGGGUGGAGUCUGAGGUGUUUGGUGAUUUGUCGGGCCUCCUGCCGCUCCAGCCGUCUGUGCGAGCUCACUUGGACAAGCCCUCGGUCAUUCGCCUCACCCUCAGCUACAUACGCAUGCACACACUGCUCAAAGGUAAGACCGGGAUAAAAGCUGAGGCCAGUCAUGCGGUAAAAUGUGGACAAGUGGUGGAAGGUGGAGAGGAACGGCGAGAGCGUGACAGAGGACGUGACGAAGAGGAGGAGAAAGAAACGGAGGAUCUUGAGGCCUCGGAGGAGACCAGCAUGUACCUGAGGAUCCUGGAAGGGUUUCUGAUGGUCGUGUCCACUGAGGGAGACAUGAUCUACCUGUCUGAUAACGUCAGCAAGUACAUGGGCUUAACACAGACUGAGCUGAUGGGACACAACAUUUUCGAGUUUUCUCAUCCUUGUGACCAUGAAGAAAUAAGACAUAAUCUACGUCUAACCGCAGAGGAAGUUUGGCGCGGUGCAAAGAGGGACUUUGUCAUGAGGAUAAAAAGCGCUCUGACACACAGAGGAAGAAGCGCCAACCUCAAGUCAGCUACGUGGAAGGUCCUGCACUGCCAUGGCCAAGCGAAGGCGUGCGUCGCCCCGUCUUCAGUUUCCUGCCUGCUGCUGACUUGCCAGUCUCUGCCCCUCUCACACACACUCCUCAGCACACACACCUUCACCAGUCAGCACAGCAUGGACAUGAGGUUCACGUACUGUGACCAGAGAGUGACUUUCCUUCUCGGGUACAGUCCUGAGGACCUGCUGGGUCAUUCCAUCUAUGAUCUCUGUCACACACUGGACACAAACUGUUUGGCUAAAAAUCAUCUCAACUUGUGUUUGAAGAGUCAGUCAGUCAGCGGUCAGUACAGGAUGCUGGUGAGAGGUGGAGGUUACGUCUGGGUGGAGAGUCACAGUGCGGUCAUCCCCAGCGUCCGACCCUCCAAGUCCAGGCCUGGCGCCCACCAGCCGCUCUGCAUCCUCUGUGUUACCUAUGUCCUCAGUGGAGUGGAGGAGCCGUCCCUGAAGCUCUCUCUGGACCAGCAUGUCCACGGAUGUUUGAGCUGAAACUUGAGUCUGAAGAAGAGUCAGUAAGGCCCCGAUCACACAGAAAGUGGAUUGCACAUCCUUUUUUUUUUAAACACUGAAUGCCACAAGUAAAAAAAAUUUUUUUUAAAAAAGCCUGCUGUGCCUUUUCAUUGUUGCCAGGCAACCACCCCAUCGUGUCCUUAAGCUAACCUUCCUGUGUAAUCAGUCUACUGUUUUCCCCACAGUAAUCAGUAUCUAGUUCCUAAAAUGUUGAGGCAGAGGGUACUUGCUGUAGCUCUGGUUGAGGGUGAGAGGCUGUCAGUAAAUAGUUUGUUGGGCACAGGGAAACAGAGAUCUGUGUGGGUACAUGAGACCCUAAAAAAGAGGGUGGAUCACGGGGAGUACCACCAGUUGGUCCAGGAGCUUCUCCUCCAUGAUGGAAGUUUCCAGGCAUAUUUUAGGAUGACUCAGGGGCAGUUUGACAACCUGCUGUCUAUCGUCGGGCCGUAUAGCUCUGGGUAUCCAGCUACCGCUACCAACAGUUUCUCCUCCAUUGUUUACCAACUUGUUGUUGUGACCACCACAGAAGGCCCGCGUCUCAAAUCAUCUCAUUGGACAAUGGGAAAAAAGAUAAUGCAAAAAGAGAUGACAUUUCCACUCUGAGUUGAAGUUUUUUCACCUCGAGAAGUUCAGAGUGCUCCGGCAAAAACGCAAGGCAUGUACAGCGCAGAAACGCGAGGUGUGUCGCAGCACAAAAACAGCGAGCAAAAAGCUUCAUUCUCAUUGAAAACAAUUACAAAGCGGCGCCUUCUGCUGCUUAAACAUGUUCUGUGUGAUCAGGGACUAAGACCACCAUCCUCCAGCAAACAACAAUCCUCUCUACCUCUGUCUGUGAACUCUUAUCAUCUGUUUUCA